AUGGAAGCAGAAUCCCAAGAAUCGAAGAGGAGAAAGAUCCACGUCGAGGAAGGUUCAAAAAUAGUCUCCUCGGAAUUAGAUUCUAUUUCACCGAAUAUCAAGGAGGGACCAGAAAGUCCAAAUGGAUCCAGCAUUGAAGCCAAACAACAAGGUACUACUGAACUAAAAAGUGAACCAGCAACAGAGACAGAGAAACCAACAAAAGCUGUAAGUGAGUCAGGAGAAUGGAUUCCUAAGUCCAUCUCUUCUAUCGCUGAUAUGUACAGCUUUGAUUCCUCGACAUACCAUUCACCAAUUCCAACUUCCAUAACGAAAAACCUAAAAGAGCCUGUCGUUCUUGGAGUUGAUGAGGCAGGGAGAGGCCCUGUGCUUGGACCUAUGGUGUACGGAAUAUCAUACUGUUUAAAAGAGUACCAACAGCAUCUCAAAAAGAAGUAUGGUUUUGCAGAUUCUAAGACGUUGAAAGACUCCACGCGUCAGGAUUUAUUCAAGUUGAUUGACCAGGAAAACCACGAUCUCUACGAUAACGUCGGGUGGGCAACAUGCACCAUGACGGCCAAAGACAUCUCCAAUGGAAUGCUCCGAAGCGUGUUGGGAGCAGGUUCGUAUAACCUUAAUGAACAGGCACAUGACACAACCAUCCAACUAAUAAAGGACACGAUUGCCAGCGGAGUGAAUGUGCGUGAAGUAUUUGUGGAUACGGUGGGACCUCCAGUGACUUACCAAGCUAAGCUCCAAAAGAUAUUUCCUGAUGUGGACAUCACCGUAGCGAAAAAGGCUGAUAGUAUCUAUCCAAUUGUAAGUACGGCAUCUGUGGUUGCCAAAGUGACCAGAGAUUUGAAUUUGCAAUGGUAUAAUCAAAACCACGAGACCCUCCGGGGCCACCGCAUUGGGUCCGGUUACCCUUCGGAUCCUAACACGAGUAAAUGGCUCACUGGCAAUGUGGAUAAGGUGUUUGGAUGGAGUCAUGGCCUUGUAAGAUUUCUGUGGCAGACAGCUAAGGACGCUUUGGAAAGGAACAAGGGUGUAAAGGUGAUCUACGAGGAUGAGUGUGUGAAUGAUGGAGGUUAUGGAGAUAUUGGGGACAUGUUCGGAAAGAAGAGCAACUUUGUUGUGGACGCGCUGUUUUACGGGCGUGAGGCGGACAUUUGA